GUACCAAAUUCUUGGCAAAAUAACAAAUCUGCUGGUGAAGAUUGGUUAGCAGCAUUUCUUAAAAGAAAUCCCUCUAUAUCACUAAGGAGCCCUGAAGCAACCAGCCUUGCAAGGGCUACUAAUUUUAAUAAGGAUAAUGUAGAAAAUUUUUUUGAUAAUCUUAAAAAUAUUUUGGAUACUACAAGACUUACUGCAAAUGAGAUCUUCAAUAUGGAUGAAACAGGUUUAACAACUGUUCAGAAGCCUGCUAAAGUUUUAGCCAUGAAAGGCCAAAAACAAGUUGGAGCUAUCACAUCAGGUGAGAGGGGAACCCUUAUGACUUUAGCAAUUGCAGUCAAUGCACUGGGCAACUUGAUACCACCAAUGUUUAUAUAUCCUAGGAAAAAAUAUUAUGAUCAUUUUUUAAGAGAUGGACCACUUGGUGCUAUUGGUAUAUCAAAUGGUUCAGGCUGGAUGUUAGAGGAUGACUUUUUAAUCUUCUUAAAUCAUUUUGCCAAAUAUGCUAAACAUGCAAAAGAUAGAAAGGUCCUUAUUAUAUUGGAUAAUCAUAUUUCUCACCAAUCCAUAAAAGCUAUUGACUUUUGUUUGGAAGAAGGGAUAAUAUUAUUAACUCUCCCACCACAUUGUACCCAUAAACUACAACCUUUGGAUAAAACAGUGCUUGGCCCAUUAAAGAGAUAUUAUAACUCUUCAGUUGACUCAUGGAUGAGAAAUAAUUCUGGUAAACAUUUUACAAUCUAUGAUAUAUAUACCAGGUAUAGUCAAGGAAAUUUUAUCUAAAGCAUGUGCUCCAGCUAUAGUUCAAAAUGGUUUUAAAUCAUGUGGAAUUUGGCCAUUUAAUCCUAUAAUUUUUAAUGAUGAAAGUUAUAAUACAUUAGUAAAUGAUAUACCCAAUACCUUAAAUUAUGAGGAAACUAUUGAUAAUAAUAACAAUUUUAAUAUUGAGAAUAAUGAUAGUAAUGAUAUUUCAUUGAGAAUUAGACAAGAUGAGUCUGAAAUCAUACAUUCUUAUUCAAAUGAGCCAACAACCUCUAAAAAUUUUGACCCAGAAUCAAUUUUUCCAUGCCCAACAUUUUAUAAAAAGUCUGGAAAAAAUAAACAAUAUUCUGCUAUUUUAACUUCUUCACCAUAUAAAAAAAAAGCCAUGGAGAGAGCAAAUAAAAGAAAAAAAUCAA